GUUGUCCGUAUACACACAGACUAUAUUUAUCGUACAUAUUGUAUAUUCACGUGAGAAUAUAGUAGCAGCCUAUAUUCUUUUCCCUAACAUCUCAAGCAGAUUUCUAACAAUUAUAAAUUUCUAAUAACACCCAAACUAUAGUCAUUCUUCGAAAACUCCUCCUUUUUAUCAUCGGGUUUAAAAUUAUCCGACCCAAUACCCAAGAUCAAGCCCGUAUAGUUUUAGGCCCACUAACUCGGCCCAAAUUUACAACGAUUACUGAAAGAGGCGCAAAGUGAACUCUUGUCAGCCCUUUCAACUACCUGGCGCCGCUUUUACUAGUGUGUCCACCUCUCCCGGCAGCUCACUUUCUCCUUCUCCGACGAAAAUCAUAGUGAGAAUCGCAACCCAAAUCAACAUAAUGGGAAUGGAAUUACAUGCUGAGCAGUCGGAUUAUGCUGAGAUGGAGAAUGUUGAGAUUUCGGAUACAAUGUUGUUCUAUCAUGUUAGAGGUGCCCUUAAGUCUGCUGUUGAGGGUGACCCAGACAAAUAUAAGCAGCUUGUUACGGUUAUGGGCCCCGAUGAAUGCCUUGUACCUGAGAAGGUGGCCCUAAUGGUGACAUGUUUAAAAGCUUUGUCAGGAUCAGUUUCUUGUCUAGACAUUGUUCACCAUCAAUCUCUUAUUUCAUCCAUUUUAAAAAUGAGCAUGUGGAACUAUGGAACUGAUGUAAUGGAUGCCUUGAUGGAAUUAGUUAUAUCCUUGGCUACAUUUAGUGGGCAGUAUGUCGAUUUGUGCUUGGAGAUGCUCGUGAGCAAUUUUAUGCCUCCUGAUUCCUUCAUAUCAUUGUUGAAUCAGUCACGUGGCAUUCUACGAAAGGGCCAAGUCAUUCAUCAUGUCCAUAAAACAUUAAUAUUCAUUGCAGAGUUAGUUCCUCUCUCGCCCCUGAGACUUGAGAGAAUAAUAACGGAGAGGAUGCCACACAUUUUCACAAAGGAACCAUUGAUCUUGAUAUAUGUGGAGAACAUGUUAAAGCUAGAGAGUGGAGAAAUUGGUGAUCGUGUUGGGAGAACAAUGCUCUUGGCAAUUAUGGAUCGGCUAAUAGAUUUGGAUGUAGACAUAGCAUGGGAUGAUAUCUUACAGGAAGAUUUCACCAAAGGCAUCUUCGAUAUGGAGCUGGAAGAUCUGGAGGGUCCUGUCGAUGUUGGUCAGCAAGAUGGUGAUGAGCUCCGAAUUUCUUGGAUGGAACGGUAUUUUAGUGGAAAUCUCAAUGCUCAGAAAUUGGAUAGCUUGAUGGUGCUUACCUUUGAACACCUCAACUUUUGCAAAGAGAGUGGACGCCUGCGUCAGGUUUUUGAUACUCUUCUCCAGUCUUUUCAGCAAACUGUUUUGACGGCAUACAAGUCUAAAUUUGCUCAGUUUGUGUUGUUUUAUGCCUGUUCACUAGAUCCUGAAAACUGCGGCAGGAGAUUUGCUGAUACUCUAUUUCAUAAAUUUAAGACAAGUAGAUAUCCAGAAUGGAGAAUGAGUGCUGUUGCCUAUCUUGCUAGUUAUUUGGCUCGUGCAAAGUUUUUGCCCAUCUCAUUUGUUGCUGAAUAUCUAGAAAGUUUGCUGGAAUGGUGUUCCAUUUAUUGCUCCAACCAGAGUGGCGGCAUCAAUCCAAAAGCUCACAAGGAAUUCUAUGCUGCAUGCCAGGCCAUGAUGUAUGUACUUUGCUUCCGCAUGAGAUCAGUGCUUGCUGUUCCUCACAUCAGAUCACGUAUAUCAAAGCAUAUAGAGGAUAUCCUGAGGCAUCCAUUGAGCCCAUUAAUGGUAUGCUUGCCAUCAAUAGUGGAAGAAUUUCUUCGGUUGGCAAAAGUGACUCGUCUUGAUGUGCCUGAUAACUUUGUAUCAAGUAAUCUGCUUGAGUCAGAACUUUCAAUGGCUUUUGGUGGUAGAGAGAGGCUUGAUAUGUUUUUCCCAUUUGAUCCUUGUCUGCUAAUGAGGUCUGACAGAUUCAUCCGGCCAAAUUUUGUGUACUGGUCAAUGGUUCGGAGCUCUUAUGACAACGAUGAGGAUGAUGAUGAGGGUACUAGUGAUGAAGACGAAAUUGAGAUCUGUACAGCAGGGAAGGGGAUGAAUAUAGCUAAUGAUGGAGCUGCCCGAAGUUAUGAUCAGGAUCUCGAUGAAUUUGAUAAUGAAAUGAGCAAAAUGUCAAUAACACCUAAAGUUGCACAAUGGUUUGGAGGGGAAUUACGAACCGACAUGCAGAUGCCUUCAAGAAUCAGACCUUGCCCUGAUUCCUUGUAGAGAUUGAUUUCCGCGAUUUGAUGAACCUGAAAGAGGAAAUGCUUACCCUUCCAUGGCAAAGAGUUGGACCAUGUCAUGAAGAGUUGAAAAUGCUUGUCCUGGUUUGUGGUUGAUAAUGGCAAAAAACUGAGAUGUCAUAUUUCACUGUAUCCUAGAUUCACGAGGCCUCCACUCCUGUCUGAAUACAUCCCUUGAGAUGUUUAGAGGCCAAUUUUUGUAUUCAUAGCAAAAGUUAUCUGUAAUAUUUAGCAAAAGUUGUUUUGAUGAUGAUGAUCAGAGCUAAAGGUAAAAAAUACCUCAAUUCUUGUGUAUUUUCUUCUUGAUGUUAACUGUUAAUACAUUAUGGCGCUAUACGCCCAAUAUAUGAGUAUUCUUUGAA